GUCAAUCGGGCGAUCCCGGGCUGUGGUUGGUGAAGGUGGCUGUCAGUUAGCGGCCGGUUUCCGUUGUGACUUUGAGCGGUUUAUUGUUGUUGGGGAUCAGGGCCCGGCGCAGCGCGUUGGCGGCGGGGACUGAGUCUCUGAGCAAGCGAGGCGAGGCCGGGCCGCGCUGGGCUGGGCUCCGAGGGCACGGCCUGACAUCGCCAUCCCAAGAUGAGCAUGCACGGCAAGAGGAAGGAGAUUUAUAAGUACGAGGCGCCAUGGACCGUGUACGCCAUGAACUGGAGCGUGCGGCCCGACAAGCGGUUCCGCCUGGCGCUCGGCUCCUUCGUCGAGGAGUACAACAACAAGGUGCAGAUCGUGGGCCUGGACGAGGAGAGCUCCGAGUUCAUCGCCCGCAACACCUUCGACCAUCCGUACCCCACCACCAAGAUCAUGUGGAUCCCCGACACCAAGGGCGUCUACCCCGACCUGCUCGCCACCUCCGGAGACUAUUUACGGGUCUGGAGGGUGAGCGAUACUGAAACCAGGCUAGAAUGCUUACUAAAUAAUAACAAGAACUCUGACUUCUGUGCACCUCUGACCUCAUUUGACUGGAAUGAAGUGGACCCAAAUCUCUUGGGUACUUCCAGCAUAGACACCACAUGUACAAUCUGGGGUCUGGAGACAGGACAGGUACUCGGCCGAGUCAAUUUGGUCUCUGGGCACGUGAAAACACAACUUAUUGCUCAUGAUAAAGAGGUUUAUGACAUUGCAUUCAGCAGGGCAGGAGGUGGUAGAGAUAUGUUUGCCUCUGUGGGUGCAGAUGGUUCAGUACGCAUGUUUGACCUUCGGCACUUGGAGCACAGCACUAUCAUCUAUGAAGAUCCCCAGCACCAUCCAUUGCUUCGCUUGUGCUGGAAUAAGCAAGAUCCCAAUUAUCUGGCUACCAUGGCAAUGGAUGGAAUGGAGGUGGUAAUUCUCGAUGUUCGUGUGCCCUGCACUCCUGUGGCCCGGCUGAACAAUCACCGAGCAUGUGUGAAUGGCAUUGCUUGGGCUCCACAUUCUUCAUGUCACAUCUGCACUGCAGCGGAUGAUCAUCAGGCACUUAUUUGGGAUAUCCAGCAAAUGCCACGUGCCAUUGAGGACCCCAUUUUGGCCUACACAGCAGAAGGAGAAAUCAACAAUGUCCAAUGGGCAUCAACUCAGCCUGACUGGAUAGCUAUUUGCUAUAAUAACUGUCUUGAGAUCUUACGGGUGUAGUCCUGUUGACCCACACUAGUCAGGGAGGGAGAUGGGGGCUAUUGUAUGUAUGUGCAGUGUGAAUGAGUUAAAGUUAAGGAUGUUUGUACAGAUUCUCAGUGUUGUUAUUGUAUACACAGUGCAAUUGGCCCACUAUGGGUCUAAAGUAACUUUUUUUGGGAUUCCUGAUUCAUUUCUCCCCCUCUUUCCCCCUGCCAAAAUAAACACACAACUCCCUUUUAAAAUACUGCUGAAAUUCUAAGUAAUGAAGCUUUUAUUCAAUCAACAAACCCCUUUUCUCAAAGACCAUCUUGUAGCAAUCUU